AUUAACACACCAAUGAGAGCUCUGUGAACCCGCUUUUUCGUCCACUUUGAACAGUCAAGCCAGAAAAAGCAAAUAUGUGUUGAUUUUUAUAAUUUUGUGUCUAAAGUCACUUGAACACCUGAUCUUAAUGCUUAUAUCACAAGCACAAAAAGAAGUUGUUGCAGAACCCUAACAAAAAUAGAUUUACCUAUCCUCGAUAUGCUUUUAGAUUGUGACUUCGAAUGGUAUGAGGAGUCAUUAUAAAUCCAGUCAAAGGAUGUUACGUUGGCGUACGUUUCUCUAUAAAACUCGUGCAAUAAAUAAUUGUCUGUCUUCACCAGCAGGAAUCCUCUGAAGCUUCAGAGAUUUAUCUUCAGUGUUGUGUUUUGUAUAGGAGGAAAACUUAAUUGCAGCAGAAAGAUGGCCCUAGCCGUUCCCCUUGUCCUGAACUUUGCCCUUUUCCUGAUUGCGGUACCGUUGGUGACUGUCGACUGUGGAAGUGAGGGUAGCUCUGAUUCCGACCCACAACCUUGCUGCUUCCCAAAACAGUUCACGACUUACAACUCCGACGCAGAGAAGCGAAUCUGGGCGAAAUCCUCCUUCGACUUCGUCAACCAAAGAAAAAUUGUCAACGUUAUAGACUCGGACUCCAACGACUUCUACUACACAGAUAUGAAGGCUGGAAGGACCUACGAGCACCUCGGCGGGACGUGCAAAUACUUUACCACUCCGGGAAUUACCAGAGUUCACAUCACUUUUCCCUGCAUCCCCGAUGAUUCGCAGCUGAUCGACCAAGGCGGGUCCCUGAGAGCAAACACCUGGGAGGUGAAUUCAAACGGAAUGUCCGGUUUUAUUUCCGUGUCUCAGGACAAAUGUUACCCUAUCACUGCCAGCUUGACCGAUACUGAUUCCGGUUUUUCUCUCUACGUAUUUCUGACCAGCAUUACUGAAGGUAUUGACGAGUCUGCUUUUGACGUAGAUCUAUCCGACUGUACUGAAGUCUAAUGAUAAUCUUAUACAGUCUUUAUUACGCUCAAGCCACCACGCACUAGCGAUAUGAAAAGUGACAUCAGGAUCUCAUAGGCAGUAUAAUUAUACUAUAGUGAUUUUGACCAGAGUCAGUGUAGGAAUUGGUUCGUCUGUUGUCAACGUAGAUUUGCCGGACAGCACAGAAAUCUAAUGAUAAUAACCUCAUACAGUUUACAUUAUUGUUGGGACAUCACUCAUCGUAGUGGAGAAAAGUGGUUGUCUAAGAAUAGUUGACUAAUGGACAAUAUUACUAAAAUUUCAACGACAACAACCAAAUGCAGGGGGGGGGGGUUGAGUUGGAAGUUUAUAGUUUGUACAGGUACUGGGUGAUUGUCUCAGACAGCCGGCGUAUAGGGCAGUUUCAACUGUGUAUUAUGGUCGAUAGAGAGAUUUUAUGUCUCUGAAAAUGUACAUUUUUAUCAUUGAGAGAAAAUGGCUUUCUAUAUGUGAAACGUUCUGACAAAAUGAGAUACUUCUCGGAUUCGAGCCUCAUGGAAAUAAAUACGUCACCCUAUUAGGUGAAGAUUUUACCAUUUACAUUCACUAUAACAUAAUAAAGGCAUUUAAAGAAUAUGGCAUCAAUUGUUUUAAAUUUACAAAUUUGACUCUAGUGUCCAUUUUGGGCCAAUACAUCGAUUUGUAGAUUGCGAGAAGUAACUCAUUUUGUCAGCAGGGCUCACAUA